UUGUUUAGAUGGGAAGAAGCCGAACCAGAAGAUCGACGACUGCAAUUUGUUCCCCAAAAAUACGAUGCUUUGCGAAAGGUGCCACAGUAUGAUAAGUUCCUUACGGAACGAUUCGAACGUUGUCUUGAUCUCUACCUGGCUCCUAGGAAGAUCAAAAUGAAACUUCAAGUUGAUCCUUCAGAGCUUUUGCCUGAUUUGCCAAAUCCAAAUGAUCUCAGACCGUUUCCCACUACUUUGGCGUUCUAUAUGCGUGGUCAUGUUGGUCAAGUUCGGUCUAUAAGUGUGGAACCAGAACGCGGUGAGUUGCUUGUUUCCGGAGGAGAAGAUGGAACUGUCCGAUUUUGGAUGUUGGGCUCGGGCCGAUGUAUAAAGACAUAUAAAGUUGGUGGUCCAGUCACUUCCGUAGCGUUUUGUCCCGUUGCCAACAAGUCCUUGAUCGCUGUUGCGUACGAAGGAAGGCAGAUUGCCGUCUUCAAUACACAGUGCGGUGAUAAAUUAAUAUGCUCACAAACCGAUGUUUUUGUGCGCGAGGUUCCCAUCGUGGAAAGUGAAGGCAAGGUGAAUUGGCGGCGGAUCAAAGACCGGAUAGUGUUGGAAAUGCCUAACGUAAGUUCAUGUUCUUACUAUCACGUUGUUUCUUUUCUCUUUUUUCUUUGACU